CCUAGAUGGCAGCACGAGCAAGGUCAUAGAAAGAGAGAGAAGUCUCUCGAUGUUUCCUCCGACUGUUUAAAUAUCUGUGCGCGACCGGAGCAGCUCAGAUUCGAUUCAGAAAGCGAUAAACGAAGUGCUAUUUCUUACUGCGCUAUCAACUGCUCUUACUCCAGUUUUCAAUUUACUGCUGUGCUGAAAGUUUUGUGAGUGAAUUUUGUGCUAUCAAAUACUAUUUAUUGGACCGAGUUUUGAUUGAAUUGGACUUCGAAUUCUAAAGACUGAACUUCAAAUAUGCCGAGUGGCAAAGCACCAGCAAUUGGCAUUGAUUUGGGAACAACCUACUCUUGUGUAGGUGUUUUCCAACAUGGAAAUGUGGAAAUUAUUGCUAAUGACCAAGGCAAUAGAACAACACCCAGUUAUGUUGCCUUCACAGAAACAGAGAGACUGAUUGGUGAUCCUGCAAAAUCCCAAGUGGCAAUGAAUCCUGAGAACACCGUUUUCGAUGCAAAACGACUCAUCGGACGCAAAUACGAUGAUCCUAAAAUCCAGCAAGACCUGAAGCAUUGGCCCUUCAAGGUUGUAAAUCAAGGAGGGAAGCCAAAGAUAUCAGUGGAAUUCAAAGGCGAACGAAAACUCUUUAAUCCAGAAGAAAUAAGUGCUAUGGUGUUGACCAAGAUGAAGGAGACAGCUGAGAUGUACUUGGGUCAAAAGAUUACUGAUGCUGUCGUCACUGUUCCUGCAUACUUCAAUGAUUCUCAGAGGCAAGCUACAAAAGAUGCAGGCAAGAUUGCUGGACUUAAUGUACUCAGAAUCAUUAAUGAACCAACAGCUGCAGCCUUAGCAUAUGGACUCGAUAAGAAUUUAAAAGGUGAGAAAAAUGUACUUAUCUUUGAUCUUGGUGGUGGAACCUUUGAUGUGUCAAUUCUAACAAUUGAUGAAGGUUCAUUGUUUGAAGUUCGAUCAACAGCUGGUGAUACACAUCUAGGAGGUGAAGACUUUGACAACCGAAUGGUGAAUCAUUUCAUCGAAGAAUUCAAACGUAAACAUCGUAAAGACAUGAGAUCAAAUGCAAGAGCUGUUCGAAGAUUGAGAACUGCUUGCGAGAGAGCCAAGCGUACAUUAUCAAGCAGCUCGGAAGCUAGCAUUGAAAUAGAUGCUCUCUUUGAAGGAAUUGACUUCUAUUCCAAGAUUACCAGAGCAAGAUUUGAAGAAUUGUGCAUGGAUCUCUUCCGUUCCACCCUCGAACCUGUUGAACGUGCACUUAAAGAUGCCAAAUUAGACAAAAGUAGUAUUCAUGAUGUAGUUCUUGUUGGAGGAUCCACUCGAAUACCAAAAAUCCAGAAGAUGCUGCGUGAUUUCUUCAAUGGUAAAGAACUUUGCAUGUCUAUCAACCCAGAUGAAGCUGUAGCAUAUGGUGCAGCAGUCCAAGCUGCAGUAUUAACAGGCAGCACAGAUGAUAAAAUCAAAGAUGUAUUACUUGUUGAUGUAGCUCCACUAUCACUUGGUAUAGAAACAGCAGGUGGAGUUAUGACCAAGAUUAUCGAAAGGAAUUCACGGAUCCCAUGCAAGACUUCUCAGGUAUUCACUACCUAUUCAGAUAACCAGCCAGGUGUUGACAUCCAAGUAUAUGAGGGUGAGAGAGCCAUGACUAAAGAUAAUCAUCUGCUGGGCAGAUUUGAACUUUCUGGAAUCCCACCUGCACCUAGAGGAGUUCCUCAGAUAGAAGUGACCUUCGAUAUGGAUGCUAAUGGAAUCCUCAAUGUUUCUGCUAUGGAUAAAAGCUCUGGUAAUUCUCGAAGCAUCACAAUCACAAAUGACAAAGGUCGUCUUUCUAAAGAAGAGAUCGAAAGGAUGCUAAAUGAGGCUAAGAAAUAUGAGAAAGACGAUCAAGAACAAAGGGAAAAGGUUGCAGCUAGAAACAGUCUAGAAAGCUAUGUUUAUCGGAUGAAGCAAACAGCUGAAUCGGUCCCUGAUGAAAAACUCAGCUCCUCAGAUAAAGCCAAGGUGAAAGAAACCUGUGAAAAUGUCAUUCGCUGGUUAGACAACAACACACUGGCCGAGAAAGAUGAAAUUGAACAUAAGAUGAGGGAGGUACAAUCGGAGCUUAGUCCCAUUAUGACCAAAAUGCAUCAAGCUGCAGGCGGCUCUAAUCAAUCUGGUGGAAUGGGACAACAAACAACAGGAACUGCUGGUGGUCCUACAAUUGAGGAAGUAGACUAAACUUUCUGAGGACUUUAUAGACUGUUAGUUUUAUUCUCAUUACUAUUUAUUAUUAAAACCCAUAUUAUGUGAUGUGAUAAUGUUGUUCUACCAUGUAUGCAGAUGUUAAUAUCGUGGACUAAUGUGAGUAUUGUCUUUUGUCCUUGCUUUCGCAGCAAUUGUUGUUAAAUUUGUAUAUGCAUGUCAUGUGAAUAUAAAGUAAUUUAUAUCUUUGUAAAGUAUUAACAUUCCAAUAAAAUUUAUUGGCAUCCAA